CAGUGGGGCAGUGGGACUCGUCUCAGAUCACUGCUAGUGCAGACUGGACAGAAGACUCAUCUUCUCUACUUCUGCACUUCACAAGACUGCACGAGAGUGAGGAGCAAAGAAGAAAAAAAACAGAUAAACACACUAACCAAAACACAGAGAAAAAAGAAAGAAUGGUAUAUGUUUUUAAUUGGAUCUAGACUCCUUAUUUAAGGCUUCCCAUGUCUUAGGAUUCGAGGACAUGUUCUAAGUUUUCUUUUCUUAUGUUUUUUUUUUUUUUUUUUUUUUUUUAAUGAAUAAUCAAUUUAAAGUAACCGCACAUUAAGAGGAAUGGUCUUCAAGGUUUCAUCAAUCCAGAUAUUCAGGAUUUGUCUUUAUAUAUCUGAGGAGAGAAGAUUGUGAGUGUGGAUUUGAUUAUAUAUGCAGUAUAUGUAUAUAUAACAUAUUUUGUGUCAGUUUAAAAGAUACACAGGGAAAAAAAGGUUUUGCCUAAGCUCUGGAUCUUUAAUUUCACUGUACCAGCAAGAAUGGAUCUUGUGACAAUUUAUCUUUUACUGCUGGCUUUUAUAGACGGCCUCCAGGUGGUCCUAUGCUCUGGUCGAGACUGCCUGCGGGCAGGUGAGUGGUGUUCCAGCGACCCCGCCUGCAGCCCUCGGCUCAGGACCCUGCGGCAGUGUGUGGCUGGGAAUGGCAACAUGAAGCUGGGCCCGGGGGCCCGCAACCAGUGUGAGAAUGCAGUGACAGCCCUGCACUCCAGCCCCCUGCAUGGUUGCAAGUGUAAGAGAGGCAUGAAGAGUGAGAAGAACUGCCUCAGCAUCUACUGGAGCCUCCACCAGUCCUUCCUACAUGGAAUGAACCUGGUGGAAAACUCUCCCUAUGAACUGGUUGAUAAGGGUUUUGACUAUGUAAGGCUGGCCUCUAUAGCUGCUGGCUCGGAGGUUGGCAUGACGGCGGUGAACCGUUGCCUGGAUGCGGCCAAGGCCUGCAACGUUGACGACACAUGUCAGAAGCUGCGCACGGAGUACGUGUCGGCCUGCAUCAAGCCCACGGUCAAGCCUGGGCCUUGCAACCAGGCCAAGUGCAACAAGGCCUUGCGCAAGUUCUUCGACCGCGUCCCGCCCGAGUACACUCACGAGCUGCUCUUCUGCCCCUGCACUGACACGGCGUGUGCAGAGCGUCGGAGACAGACCAUCGUCCCUGCCUGCUCCUACGAGAGCAAGGACAAGCCCAACUGCCUGACCAUCCUACACUCCUGCAAGACUGACUACGUGUGCAGGUCCAGGUGGGUUCAGUUCCAGUAUAACUGCCAGCCUUCAACACAGACAGCUAGCGGAUGUAAGCUGGAGAACUAUGGAGCGUGCCUUCUGUCGUACACUGGCAUCAUAGGCAGCAUAAUAACUCCAAACUACAUUGACAAUUCCACCUCUAAUGUGGCACCCUGGUGUUCCUGCAGUGCCAGCGGCAACCAGCAGGGACAGUGUUCCAGCUUCGUCAACUCUUUCACAGACAACGAUUGCCUCAAAAAUGCGAUUCUAGCUUUCGGCAAUGGAACAGACCUGAACGCAACACCCAACCAAUCAGGCAACUCCAUCCCUACCAGCAACCCCCUGGAGGCUGCCUCCACUCUGCUGGUUACCAAGGAAACAGAGGACCACCUCUUCAGACAACUGCUUCCCACCCAGAGCGCCCAGGAGGGGAAGCUAUGGAGCAAAUCGACUGACAUGUCCCCAGGCAUUUCCAAUGGAGUGCCAUCCAUUCUGAAACCAGUCCUCUGGAGCCCCCUGCUGCUCACACUCACCUACUACUGCCACCAUUAGGGGACGACACACCUGCUGGACUAUGGGACCUUUGUAACUCACCAAUCAGAGGUCUUUCUUAUGUUAUCUUUCAAGUUCUAGAGAGGAAAGAGGACUAUUUGUAAUUGACAUCCAGACCACCACAACAGGCAAUGGAAAAAAACAAGAGUCUCUUUUCAGAGCUCCCUGCUGCUGCGUUGUGAGCGCUGGGAAGAUGUAUUCUCUUCAUUAAUGGAACUACUUUAACAUCUUUUCACAUAGCCUUUCAGACAGACUUUUUACAGACACAUUCCUUUAAAAGAAACACCCCAUUUCUUUUUCUUUUUUUUAAUAUACACUUUGCAAGCAGAUCACGAUACCAAAAUAAGUUAUUCUUAUUUCAUUUCACUCUUACUGUAUUGACUGCUGUUAUUUUACUGACACAUCAAAGCAUUGUGUUAUUAGCCUAUUCCUUUUAAGACAAAGAUACAGUUGGUGUGUAAUACGAUUAUCUUGUUUGAACUGGUGCAAUGUUAGUUGGUAGGAGAAGUGCAGAGCAGGAAGAAAAGACUUUAAACUGGAACAUUGCUGCAAUGAAACUAGCGAAAGAAGAAGAGCUAUCUGUGUCCAUCUGCUAACACUAAAGAUACUUUUUCAGUAGAGUAAUCGGUUCGGCCCAUGUCGUCAAUCCCUUUGAACUUGGUAAAUGAAACAGUAACCAUAGACGAGCAAACAACUGUUUACAGGUGACAGCACAACUACCAGAUAUAUUGGAAAUGUUAUGCUUGGAUGACUACAAUGUUAGUAUGGCAAAUAUCAGUCUGAACUGCCUUUGACCCCUUCCUUUCCUCCAAUGUCAUACCCAGCAUCGGAAGAAGUGUAUUGUGCUGGUGGUAUGCUCAUAUCUCCCCAUAGCAGGAUAUGCGAUAGAUACAGACCUUUUUUACAUGAGUACAUUUUCUUUAAACCAUCUUAAGCAUGGCAAUGUGUGCAGAAACGAGUUGUGCACAGGUUUUGGCCUGCACGUCAUGAAACCUAUCUCAAGAAUAGAAUAUUUUUAUUCACUACUGAACCAGAAUGGGGCAUGUAAAAUGUCUUGUUCUUGUGUAUCCACAAGCAUAGGCCUCUCUGAAGCAGUAGCAUGUUCACCAGGCCAAAUAAUUUUCACCGUCAUGUACAGUAACUUUUGUAGAGUCAGAUAUACAAGCACCACCUGAAUUAACAGUGGCAUAAAGCUAAGUUGACAUGAAUUUCAAAUCGUAUUUUUAUUGCAUAUCGACAUAACUACUCUCUAACAGCAUAAUAUUAAAGUCACUAUUACAGCUAUGCUUCUUAAGACUACCCAAGACUGCUUUUUUCUGAAGCAAGGUAGGGAAUUUAAUUACCAUUGCAAUUUCUGCUGUGAAAGACUGACAUACUUCCCCAUCUCACUUUGUUUGCUGUAAUAGCUAGUAAGCAUAGUAGAUAACAAUCUUGGCAGAUGGAACAAUAGAGAAUCACGUAGAACAAAGAUAAUAGGAUAAUUAAAACAGGUUAAAAAAAAAAAAAAAAUCUAUAGUUAGUUUGGGAUCCUGGUACCCUUUAUCAUUUCCAAAUAAAACUAUGCUUUCUGAUCAGAAAGAAAAAUGGAACUAUGACCCUGUAAAUGUAGGUCUCUAUCUGCAGCAGAUCCUGAGAUGUGGAAAAUGCACAGCCCAACAGAACUAUAUUGACCUUGUCAUACACCUAAAUGCCCUUUAGGGACAGGGUAAGGUCACAUUUGGCAUAUGUCCCACUACAGCAGCUACCACCAUAAAAAUCACGAAACAUUGACAAAUGCAGCACGUGUGAAGCUGAGAUAUUUGAUCAUCUCAGUCGACGUAGUCCUUUUGUACAAAGUAGAGCAUGUGAAGGGUGUACUGGUAACCAUGUUUGAAUCAGUGUAUUGUGGACUCAAUGUUUCAAAUCCUUUGAAAUAACAGUUAGACUUGGAGACAGACACCUUCAGGGGAGAUCACUUGAUGUCUAUCAGAUGGACACAAUUGCUUGUGGAUUUCUAAAUAUCCAGAUUCAUGUUAUUACUGACAAUAAAAGCAACCAUUUAAGAGAGUUGGUGAAAUCACUCUUCAUUCAAUGUUGGGGAAAGGAUGAAACCAUGUUUUAUUUUCAGAAGCACCCUUUUUUUCUUUUCUUUUAAUAUGAAGUCUAUGCUUCAGGGUUAAAAGGAUUACACAGCUAAUCAGUUGAUAACCGUAUCUUCAAAGCACACUUCUAUAAAAGGCUGGCAGUGAUGUUUUGCCUUUUUUGUUGCAUAAAGGAAUGCAAGUUAGAAUUCUGAAUAGGCUACAGUUUUUUUUACAGAGAACGUUAAACAGGUCAACCAUGCAAUGCAAUUGUAAACAAGUCUGACUGAAUAAAGGGAAAUUAGUUAUAUUUCUCCUACAACCACAGUAACAGCAAAGGCAGUUUUGAGAUUUUAUUUUUUAUAAAAUCACAUUGCUUCCUGUUACUUGCUUGUGAUGCAUUUGAAAUAAAUCUAGAUAGUAGUGAAUAGUAAGGGUUCUUUAGUAAUAGGCGUGGGAGGUACUGAAUUUGCUUAUCGGGUUUCAGAACCACGUCUCGCAAACUAUGAUGCAACAUAGCUCUAACUGGUUAAAGAGUUUGUUUAUCUCUGCGUGUGAAGCUGUUGUGGUGGUCAUUGGCUUUCUCCUAUUUUAAUGUUUUACAUCUCCAUUUUUCUAGGGUUGCCAUCUGUUCCUGUUUUCCUGCAUCGUCCUGGUUUUGAUUUAAAUUGGCCUUCCUAGAACACUAAAUGAUCAGUUUAAAAAUUAAACAUUCAGUUUGCAUGAUGGUUUUGACAUGGGCACGGCCCUGCUGUAUGUCUCUGGCACACGGUGCCCCUUCCGGUGUUGGGCUUUAUGUUUAAUAUCUACAUUAUGAACCCUUUAUUUAGCAUAUGAAACCCAUUACUGUUCAGUGAAAAUGUUGCUUUUUAAUCAGAUCCUGCAUCAUACCUUAAUGUCUUCGAUUCCCAGUAGCCUGAAGACAUCCCAGAAAAUGUCUCAUCCUUAACUAUAAAACACUCCACGGUGGUAUACUGUAUGUUGUAAUACAGUAUAAUAAAAAAAUUAAAAUAAACACAAUUUAAAAAAAUCAGUAUUUAACACAUUGAGAAGCAUUGUUAAAAUGCAUUGAAUUUUCUAAAUUCAGUCUCCUCUGGCUGUUAAUA